AUGGCCGAGGCACACUCGUAUCCUCUGCUCGUUGGAUUCGAAGAAACCAACAUACCCAGUUUAGAAACAAAGUUACUGCAGUACUUUCGUACUGUCGGUGGCGACUGUGAGAUUGAGUAUGACAAUGGCAGCAGGACAGCGAUACUGCACUUCACGAGAGAGGAGGAUCAGAGGAAUGUUCUGGCGAAAGAGUCUCAUCAGAUCAGCUUGGAAAAGGGCGUUUUGAAGCUGACGGUUCAUUUAUCCACUGAAACGAAAUCAUCACAGCAAAAGGAUGCCAAAGCCAUCAUCAAAGAGUGGACGGAUACUGUGAAGUCAGCGUUUGCACAAUCUGUGUCAAAGUUCAAAUCUGCGAAGUUCUGUCCAGAUUCAGAUGCAUGGAAAGAGUCUGAGGAAAAGAUCAGAGAGAUGUUACUGAAUGAAAAUGUGAUUGUAGUACCUGAUAAAGACAGAGGUGCUUUAUCAGUGGCUGGUCUUGAUAGUGAUGUCAACAGACUGGAGAAAUCUCUUUCUGAAAUUAUAAACAAAAUCCACAGGGAGAAAACAAGUAAAACUGUAGAGAUCGAAGUGUCACCAUCAGUUUUCCAUCUCCUGCAUCAAAAUGGGCUUUUGGACAACCUUCUACUUGUGUAUCCAGAACUCAAAUUGUCACCAGAGAGUCCUAAUCUGAAAAUAACUGGUUUAGGGGAAGAGAUUAAUGCAGCAAUCAAUCUUAUAUUAGAUGCAGUACUUGCAUUAAAACGACAGAAUCUGGAAGUAGAUAAAUAUGUGCUUGAACUGUUGAAGGAUGAGCAACAAGAGGAGCUUACAGAUGCUCUCCUCACAUCUCAUCAAAUAAACGCAGCGUUUGAAAUCAGUGGAAACAGGGUGCAGCUCCUUGCUGUUUCUGACACAGAUCUGUCUCAUGCUCAGGACCAUCUAGGACAGCUGUUAACAACUCAGUACAUUCAUGUUGAAGACAGUAAUGUCCUGAAGAAGCCAGAGUGGCAGCAGCUGGUCAGUCACUUAGAGCAGGCUAACAGUAAGCCAUGCAGAACUCGAAUCAACACAACUGCUCAACAAGUCGUGGUGUCAGGCUACAAGGAUAGUGCCAUAAAGGUUCAGCAUCAGCUUGGUGUCUUCUUAACACAGAACGCUCACAUUGAAGAAACUGUUGUGGUCAAAGCUAAUGCUGUCGUUAAAUACUUGGAAGAGUUCAACACAUCUUGGAUGGAGAAAGUGAAAGACAAGGUGAGAGUGUCCUACAGAAAUGAGGCCAUCUUUCUGAGUGGAUCCAGAGUGAAUGUGACACAUUGCAAGACUGUGGUUGAAGGUGCCGUCUCUGCUGUAGUCUUUGACAGUCUGAAUGUCUGCAUGUCUGGAGUGAAGAAGCUCUUCCAGGAAAAUGAAACACUGUAUGUUUCCUCAAUCAAAACUAAAACUGGUUGCCUGGUACAACUGGUUUAUAAGCCAUGUGGUGGACAAGACAAUGAUGACACUGCUGUUCAGGAUAUAGUGGCUGCUGUCAGGCAGGAGUUUGGAAACCACGGUGUCACUCAUUCUCAACAAACUCCUCCUCCCAAAGCUCACAAGCCACCAGUUUUUCAGCCUACUGGAUUGGACCUGUAUUUGUAUCAUGUGCAGACAAAUGAAGGCCUGGACAUUGUUCUUACAAAGGGAAAUAUAGAGGCUGCCAUGACAGAGGUGAUUGUAAACAGUGUGCCUCCAAACCUCAACCUGAACAGUGGUGAAGUUUCAAAAGCCAUCUUGCGUGCAGCUGGACCCAAACUUCAGCAGUCAAUAAAUGCACAGGGUGCUGCUGGAAAGGUUGGUGAGAUCAUUGUUACUGAGGGCUGCCAACUAAACAGCAAAAAAGUUUUUCACUUAAUUGCACCUUACUGGGAUAAUGGACAAGGCACAUCUGAAGAGGAUUUCAGUCAGGAAUUUAAGAAGUUUCCAAAUGCCUCAGGCGAUUCACGUUCAACAAAAGGAGGCCCCUUCUCUAAGCUCACCUCAACCUCAGAUAUGCAUGAGACAAAAAUGGGAAAUGUGACUAUACAGGUAGUCACAGGAGACAUAACCAAGGAGACAACAGAUAUCAUUGUCAACUCUUACAAUGAAAGCUUUUCACUUAAGUCGGGAGUCUCUAAAGCUAUUCUAGACACAGCUGGUAAGGCUGUUGAAGUGGAAUGCCAUAACUUCGGUGCCAAGUCCAAUCCAGGCAUGAUAAUGACUCAGCCAGGUAACCUAAAGUGUAAGAAGAUCCUUCACGUGGUUGGAGAUUCUGACCCAGUAAAAAUCAACAAGGUUGUGAAAGAUGCACUUCAGAUGUGUGUGAAAAGCUCCUACACCUCUGUAUCAUUUCCUGCAAUUGGCACAGGUCAAGGUAAUGUAAACGCAAGACUAGUAGCAGAUGCCAUGUUGGAUGCAGUGAUUGAUGUGAUGAGCCAAAACUCUUCCGGUCCCCUGACCACAAUCCGCAUAGUUAUUUUCCAGAAAGCUAUGCUAAAAGAUUUCCACAGCAGCCUGGAACAGAGAGAAGCUACUGAUCCUAAUCCUAAGGAUAAAGGACAGGGAACCUGGGGAGGCAUUGGCAAAGUCCAAGGAAUGCUUACUGAUGGAAAUACUGAAAAACCAAAGAAAGAGAAAGACUGCACAGCUGAAGGUCAGGAAGCUGAUGCCACUUGCUUCCAUAUUUGUGGUGUCACUCAGGCUGAUGUAGAUAUAGCCAAGAAACUAUUGUUUCAAGAGCCUGAGACAACCACAAUUGAGGACGAAGCCAUUGGUAAACUCUGUGAUGCAGACCACCAGAAAAUUGAUGACAUGGAGAAGACCAUGGGUAUAAGCAUAAAAAUAGAAAACAGUAAAGUCAAGCUCACUAUUGAAGGACUGAGCAAUGAUGUGCUUAAAGCUACCUCUGAGAUCAAUAUGAUGCUAACCAGGAAAAGAGAGGGUAUUCCUGAGCAGUGGGAACGCAUGCCAGCUGAGGCCACAUGUCAGGCUUUUGCAGUACAAGCCAAGACAUCAGAAUAUGAUGAAAUCCUGAAACAUUUUCAGGCCUCAUGCAGUGGAUUUGUUACAAAGAUUGAGCGGAUCCAGAACCCUGGAUUGUGGAAGAGUCUAGAGAUUAAGAAGCGUGAGAUGGAGUUGAGAAAUGGUCAUCAGAAUAACGAGCGACGUCUUUUCCAUGGUACCUGCAACAGAGCUGUGCCAAAUAUUAAUGACCGUGGGUUCAACAGGAGCUAUGCAGGAAAGAAUGCUGCAUUAUAUGGCAAUGGCACAUACUUUGCUGUCAAUGCUAGUUAUUCUGCCAGUGACACCUACUCCAAGCCAAAUCAGAACGGGGAAAAGUUUAUGUACGUCUGCCGAGUUCUGACUGGUGACUUCACUCUUGGACAGAAAGGCAUGGUUACACCACCAGCAAAAAAACUCGGAUCCACUGACCUGUACGACAGUGUUGUGGACAACAUUGCCAAUCCCACCAUGUUUGUUGUCUUCCAUGACACCCAGGCUUGUCCUGAGUAUUUGAUUACAUUCAAGUAA